UGGAGCCAGAGCCCGAGGGAGCCCGGGCUGCUGGGGCUGCAGACAUGGAGGGCCAGGGCGGCAGUGGCAGCAGGAGGCCAGGGACCCGGGCUGGCCUGGGCCCUCUGCCCAUGCCCUAUGGGUUUUCCCAAACUGGUACACCCUCCAAGCUCCCAGCGAAGGAGAAUGCAGCCCCAGUACCCUUGGAACCAAGGUUGGCUCUGACACCUGUGGGGCCACAAGCAGCUAUGCCAUCUUCCUCAGAGGGGCCAAGGCUGGCUCUGGUCUCCCCCCGACCCAUCUUGGCUCCAGUGUCUACCCCUGGAAGGCAGAAAACUUCUCCUGCCCACCGUAAUGCCAGCCUGGCUCCAACAUCUGUGGGCCAGUUGGUCAUGUCUGCCUCAUCUGGGCCGAAGCCUCCUCCAGCAACUUCAGGCUCCGUCCUGGCUCCAACAUCCCUGGGGCAGCUGGUGAUGUCCGCUUCGGCCAGGCCCAGGCCUCCUCCACCUACCCUGGGGCCCAGGCUGGCAACAAUGUCCAGGGACCAGAAGCAGGUGCCACCUGCCUCCGUGGGACUCAAGCCAGCAUUGGCUGCUUCAGGCCUGAGCCUAGCCCUGACGUCUGAGAAGCAGCCCCCACAGCACCCCAAGCAGUCCCCACAGCCCUCAUCCAGCUCUACUCCAGUGCCCAGUCCAGUUCUGUUGCCCUCUCAGGAACAGGCCCUGGCUCCAGCAUCUGUGACAUCAGCCCCGGCCUCUGUGGGAUGGACGCCAGCUAAACAGAGGGAUACUCCGACCUCUAGACCUCUCCCCUCUUCUGAAGGGCAUCUCCAGCCCCAGGCUCAGGCAUCCGGUCCUAUGAGCUCCCCAUCCUUGAUCCAAACCCCUCCAGAUCCUCGGAUCUCCCCCUCCUUCAGAGCCAGGCCUGAGGCCUCCCGCAGCAGCCCUGAGGAUCCAGUCCUGCCUCGGCCACCCCAGACUCUGCCCCUGGAUGUGGGCCAGGGUCCCUCAGAGCCUGGCACUCGCUCCCCAGGACUUCUGUCCCCCACCUUCAGGCCAGGGGCCCCCUUAGCCCAGACUGUGCCCCCACCUCUGCCCAAGCCACCCCGGUCUCCCAGCCGCUCCCCCAGCCGCUCCCCCAACCUCUCCCCUUGUGUCCCCCCAGCCCCUGAGAUGGCCCUCCCCAGGCCUGGCACUGCAGGGCCUGGUGGGCACCUGAGCCCCAGCCUUCAGCCCCAAGAGACCCCAGCCCCAGUCACUACCUCCUCUCCUACAUCGACCUCGUCACCCUCCUCUUGGUCAGCUCAGCCCACCUGCAAGAGCGACCCUGGCUUCUGGAUCACUGUGGUCACAUGGAAUGUGGGCACGGCCAUGCCCCCGGACGAUGUCACGUCCCUCCUCCACCUGGGCAGCAGCGGUGAUGACAGUGACAGGGCAGACAUGAUCGCCAUAGGGUUGCAGGAAGUGAACUCCAUGAUCAACAAGCGCCUCAAGGACGCGCUCUUCAUGGACCAGUGGAGCGAGCUCUUCAUGGACGCACUGGGACCCUUCAACUUCGUGCUGGUGAGUACUGUGCGCAUGCAGGGUGUCAUCCUGCUGCUGUUCGCCAAGUACUACCACCUGCCCUUCCUGAGGAACGUGCAGACCGAUUGCACACGCACUGGCCUGGGUGGCUAUUGGGGCAACAAGGGUGGAGUGAGUGUGCGCCUGGCGGCCUUUGGGCACAUGCUGUGCUUCCUGAACUGCCACCUGCCGGCCCACAUGGAUAAAGCCGAGCAGCGCAAGGACAACUUCCAGACCAUCCUCAGCCUUCAGCAAUUCCAGGGGCCUGGAGCUCAAGGCAUCCUGGAUCACGACCUUGUCUUCUGGUUUGGGGACCUGAACUUCCGCAUUGAGAGCUACGAUCUGCACUUUGUCAAGUUUGCCAUCGACAGCGAGCAGCUCCACCAGCUCUGGGAGAAAGACCAGCUCAACAUGGCCAAGAACACUUGGCCCAUCCUGAAAGGCUUCCAGGAGGGGCCCCUCAACUUUGCACCCACCUUCAAGUUUGACGUGGGUACUAACAAAUAUGAUACCAGUGCCAAGAAACGGAAGCCUGCCUGGACAGACCGUAUCCUGUGGAAGGUCAAGGCUCCAGGUGGAGGUCCCAGUCCCUCAGGACGGGAGAGCCACCGGCUCCAGGUGACCCAGCACAGCUACCGCAGCCACAUGGAAUACACAGUCAGCGACCACAAGCCGGUGGCUGCCCAGUUCGUCCUACACUUUGCCUUCAGGGAUGACAUGCCGCUGGUGCGGCUGGAGGUGGCAGACGAGUGGGCGCGGCCGGAGCAGGCUGUGGCGAGGUACCGCAUAGAAACGGUUUUUGCUCGCAGCUCCUGGGACUGGAUCGGCUUGUACCGGGUGGGUUUCCGCCACUGCAAGGACUAUGUGGCUUAUGUGUGGACCAAACAUGAGGACGUGGAUGGGAACACCUACCAGGUGACAUUCAGUGAAGAGUCGCUGCCCAAGGGCCACGGUGACUUCAUCCUGGGCUAUUAUAGCCACACCCACAGCAUCCUCAUUGGCGUCACCGAGCCCUUCCAGAUCUCACUGCCUACCUUGGAGCUGGCCAGCAGCAGCACAGACAGCUCAGGUGCCAGUUCGGAGGAUGAGGAUGACAGCACCCUGGAGCUACUUGCCCCCAAGUCCCGCAGCCCCAGCCCUGGCAAGUCCAAGCGGCACCGUAGCCGCAGCCCUGGCCUGGCCCGCUUCCCUGGCCUCGCCCUGCGGCCCUCGUCCCGCGAGCGCAGAGGCACCAGCCGAAGCCCCUCGCCCCAGAGCCGCCGCCUGCCCAGGGUGGCUCCAGACAGGGGCAGCGACGGUGGUAGCCGGGGCAGCAGUGAGGAGGGGACCCCUGGGCUGCCUGGCCCCUGGGCCUUCCCACCAUCCGUACCUCGAAACCUAGGCUUGCUGCCUGCCUUGCGCUUAGAGACUGUAGACCCCGGAGGUGGUGGCUCCUGGGGACCCGAUCGGAAGGCCCCCACCCCUGACAGCCUAUCUCCCAGCCCCUAAGGUCAGCAGGGACUGGAGGAAGGGGGCCUGGGGCCCUGAGGGUGGUGGGGGCAGGAGGGCCCAGGUGGCCCCCACUCUGCCCCAAUCUUCUGCAAACCCACCUGUCUCCCCCCUGCUGCUGCUCCAUCUUUAUGUGCACCUGCCACUCUGUUCUGGCCAGAGGUGGCCAGCUGGGGUCCCCCAAACUUGGUCCCGGCACCUCAUCUGUGACAAUCAGCAAAGCCCUAUCCAGGCUCCCAUCUGGGAUGGGGGGAGCAAACCUGGAGGUCGUCAAUUAGGAAUUAAAUUCUCCAGGCUCA